CUCUACGGUUGCACGCGAGUACGCGACGAAUCGUAUCCGUGGAUUACCAGUGAUAAGAUCGACGUCCUUACUCGUGGAGUGCUACCAAGAUCGCAUUGACUUCUAAGGAUCCAUCGUUGUGCUCCUUUGUGCGACAAACGCGUUAUCAUGAAGAUGUAACAGAGGUGCAUUCUGCAGUGUGAUCAGUGACUAAAUAUUUAACAGCCUCUGUAAGUGUCAGUGAACGUCGCAAACACUGUUACAAACUUGGACAGACGCUCUGAGACAGUCAGCAGUGGAAGGUCUGCCCACCUAUUGGGAGGACCUAGCCGUGCAACGUCGUGUAAAUGCAGCUACGUCGGCCAACGUCUUUAUGAAUUACGCAGACCUGGAGAGGACCAGGAUGGUUUCGCACGUUAUUCCAGUCGCUGGGGAGCUCCAACAAGGCAAUGGCAGCUUGGGUGUCACAGGACUGGGCAUGCAGGAGUCCUCCCAUUCUCUAAAGAUCAAACAGGAGCCAUUUCAGGUGUCACCGCCAUCGCCUCUCCCAUCUCUGCAUCAAGUGAGCAGCUUCGUGUCAGAGAUGCAGAACGGUUGCUUAGGCGCCACGUCGAAGGAGCUGGACUCCUCCAUAGGUCGGACUCUAGCGUCCCACCACUCCUUGAGCCACCAUCAUUCUCACCAUAGCUUGCACAGCCCAAAUUCUGUGGUGUCGAUGCAUUCGACAGGCUCUACUCAUCACCACCUAGACGAGAAAGGGUCAUCUCCCAGCGGAGUUCUCCACAGCACCACAAACAGCAACCCGUCGACGCCGUCGGCGCCGUCCACGCCUACCACAGCCGCGGACGGGUCUGGCAGUGCCUCCGGAACCGGAAACGGAAGCGCCAGUAACAAUGAUUCGGCUAGCAAGAAACCUCCGUUCAGCUACGUCGCGCUGAUCGCCAUGGCGAUUCAACACAGCGCUCAGAAGAGGGCUACGCUGAGCGAAAUUUAUGCGUUCAUCACUGCUAGGUUUCCGUACUUUCAGAAGAACAAGAAGGGCUGGCAGAACUCCAUCAGGCACAAUCUGUCGCUGAACGAAUGCUUCGUGAAGGUGCCACGCGACGGAGGUGGCGAGAGAAAAGGAAACUUCUGGACCCUCGAUCCCCAAUACGCGGACAUGUUCGAAAACGGUAACUAUAGAAGGCGCAGACGCAUGAAGCGGCCUUAUAGGAACGCACCGUACCAUAAAACGUUAUUCGGCGAUCCUUUUUCUCCCACGCACGUUCAUUUGGGUCCCAGAAACUUGUUUGGCCAUUCACCACCGUCCUAUGCUCCGUCCACCUACACCAGAUACGACACCAGUGCUUGGAGUCUUCAGCAAUCACAGCUCUCCUACAGUCACUGUCAGUCACUCCAACCGCAACUGCAGCCGAUGCAGUCGAUGCAGAUCCCAACGAUGAACGGGUACAGCCAACUGGGCACCUCGUUAAGCAAAGCGUUUCAAGGCAAUUACUUGGAUGUUCCAGGUGGGACGGCGAGUUCUCCUGGCUCUAUGGGAAGCAGCUCCUUUGGCAGCAGCUUCGCCAGGAGACACGACGCCGCCAUGACGCCGGAGACGGUGCCUACCAGAUGCUAUUGGCCUGAAAUGGUGAACGUGAAGGAGGAACCGGGAAGCGUGACGGUGUCAAGCACCAGCGUAGGUGGAGUAGUUCCAUCCGGAAUGAUGGGGUCCACAACUCCGACAGGAGUAUCAACCACCGGUUUCUCGCCUAUGGAGUUCCAGUCUCGAUCCAAGUGUUUCAUGUGAAUCAAUUCCUCGUUCAGGUUGUUGAAUCUCGUCAGAGUCCCAAGGGAUAGUCUUGCUGGUCCUUCACGAAGCGGUAAGCAAGAAUUUGAAGGUCGAGAACAGGGCAGUGUCCACGGAACUUUGUGCUACGAGACCGCUGAUGGAGCUGGUGAACGGUCGAAGCUGUCUCAGAGGUCUCCCGCUGACGGACAGCUACGUUCACGUGUGUUUUCGAGCGCUACACAGUAUUCGAUAUUUAAGCGAGAUAAGGGACAAGUCCAUGACCCGCGAGUCGGUCUCUUCUGAAGGGUCCACUCGCGAGAUCUCCAUAGAUAACGUCUAAUUUAAGUUGUCGCAUGAAGACGUGUCGAACGAUAGACACGCUCUUCUUUUAUACAUAUAUAUAUAACAGACAAAUAUACCUAGAUUCAUAGUGAUUUAACCUGUAUCUGAACGUGUAGAUCGCAUAUCGAAAUAGAAAUCUGUCUGGACGAUUCGUUGUAUGUACAUAAUGUAAUUGCCUAAGUGUACCCAUAGCUUUCUGAUCACUAUCGUCUCCUCGCUUUAAGGACUCUGGGCAUGUGGCAGCUUCUGUAAUUAUAUGGAAAAAACUGAAAUAAAUCUCUAUUAUUUAACGCUUA